UCAGGUCACACUGAAUCGGGUUGUUCCUCUUUAACUCUCGAUUCUCUGAAAGCGAAAGUUAAACUCAACACGCUCGCGAGGAUGGACAGGACGCAGUUACUGAGUGACCAGGAUGAGGUCCAGGCAGUUGAAUCCUGCCCUGCUGCAUCUUAUUUAGUAUGUCUUCAAAUUUUGGCGAAGCUAAAUUUAUUUUCGUCUGUACACGUCUGCCAUGGAUGUUCAUAUUCUCCCAGAUGAACAGCUUACUACAGAUCAGGACCUGGCUGAUGAUGGGGCAUCGGCCCCUCCAGCGGAUUUAAUGCCUGUUGUUCCUGGAUAUGAGAAUUUGGGACCUAAUGUUAUUCCACCAUCAGAUUUUGGACCAGCGGGACCACCAUAUCCACAAGCUCCAUCCGGCGCUCCAGCAAGACACUUUGACAUUCCUGCUGUCAAUGAAGAACUCGCACAGGAGGCCUUCAUAAAUUAUGCAACCAGCAAAUGCUGUUACAGCUCUAAACCAGCCAAAGAGAUGAUAUUCACAGACCUGCAGUCUCUCAACACAUAUCGGUACCGAUUGGAAACUUUUACCGAGUCGAGAACAACUCAGUGGGCCAGUGAACCAUACAAUGGUCAGGUGGUCGAUGGAUUUAAUGGAGUGGCCCCUCAUCCGUGGAGCAUUCCUGUGCCCGUCCCUGCCCUCUUCCAAGACUGCAAGAAAGCCGUUCGUGUUCCUAACACAUCCACUGUCAAAGGUUGUCAUUCAUGCUUGACUCUCGGAAGAUCAGCGUGCAGAAGAUGUGUAAAUUCAGGCAGGACUCGUUGUGGAGCCUGUAAUGGGACAGGUAGGAUACACAAUGGUGAACGCUGCCGCUCAUGUCAAGGAAGUGGCAUAAUGAGAUGUCCUGCCUGUGGAGGAGUCGGCUCACUUACCUGCAAAACCUGCAAAGGGAAUGGAAAGUUGCUCUGCUUCAUCAAGCUAAAAAUUACAUGGAAAAACAAUGUUUAUAUGGCUGUGACUGACAAGCGUUCAGGAUUCCCUGUUGAACUUCUCAAUGAAAUUGCUGGAGAGAUUCUCCGCACUGAUAUGGCUCCAAUGGUUUAUCCAGUUGUGGGUUUUCCAGACAGCUCUACGAAUUCAGCAUCUGAAAAUGCCGUGAGGGAACAUCAGGCUCAGUUCUCCACCACCUGCCAUAUCCUGCAACAGAAACAAACCAUUGAGCUCAUUCCUAUCACUCGAGUGCACUACACCUGGAAUGAGAAAACUCACAUUUACUUUGUUUAUGGAGUUGAACACAAGGUCUACACCAAGGAUUAUCCUGCAAAAUGCUGUUGCUGCUCUAUUCUUUAAACAUAUAGUAAACUUCCUGCACUGUAGCUGCUUAUCUUUGAAUUAGGUACAUUAUAGUGGUGGGUAUAAAUCUUUAAAACCCUUCCUUUGUUAUUUCAUAUCAAGAAAACUGCAAGACAAGUAAAAAGGGAACAUGCUCUAUAAUUCACUGCUAUCAGUAUGCAUUUAAACAUAUGCUUCAAUAAUUUUCUGUAGGCAUCUUUGUACAUUUAAUUUUUUUUGUUGAAUCUCACAGAACAUGAACAUGUCCGGGUCAUUUUUCAGCCCAAAAUGAAAGGGAAUACAAUUAUAUAUACUGUAUAUGUAUAUAUAUUAGUCUUUGAUGUUUAAGGGCAAGACACUGCUUGUACUGUAGUUUUUUUUCUGUCAGAUGUUUAAAUUUGCUUAAAUUGAACCACUUCUGUUCAUGAGGAGGGAACAGAACUUUGAAAAACAUUCUUUAAUAGUGAAUUCUUGAGACAGAGACCAUGAGUCAAGUUACAGAAAGAUGUGCAAUUUGUUACUGUUGUUAUAAUUUUAAUGAAAUGCAUCACUUUUUUUUAUUCAUUUGUCUAUGCAUAUUUGUAUGUACCAGAAAUAAUGUAGUCUACAUGUAAAGGCUGACAUUACAAUGAAGCACUUGUAGUCCAAAUUGCAGAGACUCGUUUCCAUUUGUAUGUCACGUAUCAAUCAUUGAAAUCAAUAGAUCGCA